AUGUCUGUCCAACAAGAAUGCGUUAAUGCUGAAGCGCUUUCGAUCUGGAGUGAGGUAGAGUUGGUUGAAAAAGUACCUUUCCAACUGGUUGUUUUUGUGGUGAUGCAUAAAAGAACGAAGGGUCAGCUCUGCACAGUCAGCUGUUUUCCAACCACAAUGGGCAUGAGGAUCAAAAUCAAAAACGAAAUGCUUAGGAUUGGUUUCAUUGUAGACAUCAUUCUUCUGGUGCAACCAACUGCAUCUCCAGUUUGAACCUGCAAUGUUGAAGAAGUGCAUGAAACACUGGGAGGAGUUCUGCUUCUCAAUCAUGGUCCUGAAGGCACCUGGGUGGAUGUAC